UUAGCCCACCACCAAAGCAAAAGUGAUAAAGUAUAAGUUGUUGAAGGCAGAGAAAGUAAUGGCUGCAACAGAUGAUGGGGCUCACCUGAGAGGAACUAUUCCCCGGAAGCAGCACUUUGUGCUCGUACAUGGCGUAGGAGGAGGAAGCUGGUGCUGGUACAAAAUCCGCUGCCUAAUGGAGAACUCCGGCUACAAGGUUUCGUGUGUAGACCUCAAAAGCUCUGGGAUUGAUCGAUCUGACGUUGAUUCUGUUCUCUCUUUUGAUGAGUACAACAAACCUCUUAUGGAUUUCAUGUCUUCUCUGGCUGAAAAUGAACAGGUGAUACUUGUAGGACAUAGCGCAGGAGGGUUAAGCAUUACACAAGCCAGUCACAAGUUUCCAAAAAAGAUCCGUUUGGCAGUCUAUGUUGCGGCAACCAUGCUCAAGUUGGGAUUCUGGACAGAUGAAGAUCGCAGAGAGGGGGCACCAGACUUAUCUGAGUUUGGGGAUGUGUACGAGCUUGGAUUUGGACAAGGACAGGAUGAGCCUCCAACCAGUGUGUUGGUCAAGAAAGAAUUUCAACGCAAAAUCAUCUAUCAUAUGAGCCCUUAUGAGGAUUCGACGUUAGCUGCGAUGCUGUUGAGGCCAGGGCCAAUGCAGGCACUGACGAACGCGCGAUUCACAGAGGAGGAGGAAGGUGAAGUGGAGAAGGUGCCGCGAGUGUUCAUAAAGACAAUGCAAGACAAGGUAUUGAAGCCUGAGCAACAGGACGCCAUGAUCAAGAGGUGGCCGCCAUGUACUGUGUACGAACUGGACACCGACCAUAGCCCCUUCUUCUCCGCUCCUUUCCUCCUCUUUGGCUUCCUGCUUAAAGCUGCCGCUUUUGACGUCGCUUCUGCCUGCACCUAGCCCUCCUUCUACCUAUCCGCGCGUUCAUUGUCCACUAAACAAAAAAA